CGGCGCGGCGGGAGCGCGCGCGAGUUGCUGCGCCGCUGGCUGCCUGAGCAGAGCGACGCGCGCCGGAGUGGGGGCUGCUCGCGGCUGCGUCACGGUCGCCCCGGUCGGCGCCGUGCAACAUUGUACUGCAAGGCAAUCAAUACAGUAAUUUAAGUCACUUCAACUGUAAUGGAAAAGUAUGAAAAACUUGCUAAGAUUGGAGAAGGGUCUUAUGGGGUCGUGUUCAAAUGUAGAAACAAAACCUCUGGACAAGUGGUAGCUAUUAAAAAAUUUGUGGAAUCUGAAGAUGAUCCUGUUGUUAAGAAAAUAGCACUAAGAGAAAUACGUAUGUUGAAGCAAUUAAAACACCCAAACCUCGUAAACCUCAUUGAGGUGUUCAGGAGAAAAAGGAAAAUGCACUUAGUUUUUGAAUACUGCGAUCACACACUUUUAAAUGAGCUGGAAAGAAACCCAAAUGGAGUUGCUGAUGGAGUGAUCAAAAGCGUAUUAUGGCAAACACUUCAAGCUCUUAAUUUCUGUCAUAAACAUAAUUGUAUUCACAGAGAUGUAAAACCUGAAAAUAUUCUAAUAACUAAGCAAGGAAUAAUCAAGAUCUGUGACUUUGGGUUUGCACGAAUUCUGAUUCCAGGAGAUGCCUACACUGAUUAUGUCGCUACAAGAUGGUACCGAGCUCCUGAACUUCUUGUGGGAGAUACUCAGUAUGGCUCUUCAGUAGACGUGUGGGCUACUGGUUGUGUUUUUGCAGAGCUCCUGACAGGCCAGCCACUCUGGCCUGGGAAAUCAGAUGUGGACCAACUUUAUCUGAUAAUCAGAACACUGGGAAAACUAAUCCCAAGACAUCAAUCUAUCUUUAAAAGUAACCAAUUUUUCCAUGGCAUCAGUAUUCCUGAACCAGAAGACAUGGAAACUCUUGAAGAAAAGUUCUCAGAUGCUCAUCCUCUGGCUUUGAAUUUUAUGAAGGAAUGUCUGAAGAUGAAUCCAGAUGACAGAUUAACCUGUGCCCAACUCCUGGAGAUCCCCUACUUUGAUUCUUUUCGAGAGGACCAAAUUAAAAGAAAAGCACGUAAUGCAGGAAGAAACAGAAGACGUCAGCAGAAUCAACUGUUGCCUCUCAUACCAGGAAGCCACAUCUCCCCCACACCUGAUGGAAGAAAACAAGUCCUCCAGUUAAAAUUUGAUCAUCUUCCAAACAUUUAGGAAAAUGUUCUUUCAAGUGGAAAGUAAUUUAAUAUGUACACAUUUUUGUACAAGAGAGAUAGGAAUUCUCAGGGUUUCAAAUGCAAAUGAGCCAUAUGAAAAUUAAGAUGCCUUCUAGAAUUGUUUUGCUCUGAUCAUUACUGAUUCCUCUGCCCGUGCUUUUUAUAUGCCAACUUUAUCUUUUAGAACAUUUUCUUUAAAUGUUAUAAAGUCUCAAACUGUACAUAUGGAGGAGACAUUUUCAAUUUCAUCAGAGCAGCCCCUCUUGAGGCAAUUUAUAUUGAGAAUUUGUGGGCUUAUACUUUGAUUUAUGAAAAAGAUUUGCAUAUAUCAUCUUGCUACAGCUGACCACAUAAUGUUGUAGAACAAUAUCUGAUAGCUUGCCUAGCUAUUGUUUGCGUAAGGAAUGACGUUAUGUUUCUGCAUUUUAAUUCACUCUUACUGUAACCAGGUCUGUUGAGCAGUGCUGGUAUUGUAUUCCAUGUUUUUAUAUUGGUGUGGGAAGGGAAUCUUGAAAUGUUGUCUAGAUUUAUCCCUUGAUUCUAGGGCAGACUCUACUUUCUCUGUCUCAUGAGACAUUGACGAUUCUAUUUUUAAAGCUAGCUGGAAAAAUUCCAUACAUUUGCAUAGCAAAUAGUGAGUGAACUAUAAGAAAUCACCAUCCUCAUGACGUAAUGCCCUAGGAUAAUUGACUGCUGACUCUAAUGCUGUUUUCUAUUACAUCAUGGUUCUUUAUCUCCCUUUUCCCCUCCUGGCAAAAUCAUCUCAGUACCUAAACCUGUCCUCCUGGGUGUGUUUUCCAAAUUGUUCAUCGUCAACACUCUCUUCUAAACAUUUGCAUCCAUAGCCUCUAUAAACUUGUGCAGCCCUAAACUUGUGCAUCAUGAUCAGGUCAGGUUUGUAAACACUUCUGAGAGCAGGAAGAUUAUCUUUCAGUUAACUUCAUUUUGUGCCUCUUACCAAAAAAAGAAGCAAACAAAACACCUUAGUAGGUGAGCCGAAUUUACAUUGGGCUAUUUUCCAAGUAAAGUUGACAUACACACAUACAUAUAUACAUAUGUAUAAAUAUGUAUUUAUAAUGAUAAGCUUUGAAGCAUCAUAGUAGAUGCCUUUUAUCCCAGACAUCUAAGAAUGAUGCAGAAUGUCUGAAAGUACUUUUAGUUUGCUAACAGGGAACUUGUGUAAAAUAAUAGCACGGGGGCUGUCUAUCACUGUCUGGCAUAAAGGCACAAAAUAAUGAUGUUCCUGUUAAUAAAUAUUAAGAUUUUUUCAUUAACUCUUUUCUGCUCCUGGGUCUGGCAUUCUCACCUAAAUGUUGUCAAAUUUUGCAAAUAUGCAUAAUUCCAGAAAUUCUUUGUAUCUAGCACCAGGACACCAAACAUAAAUUGUUAUAAGAAAACACGGUAACACCUUAUGCCCAUCUCUGAAAGUCUAUUGGACUUACAAACAUGGCUGUGUAAACUUGCAGAGAAUCGCAUUUAGUUACUUGGGAGCAUCUCUUUACUAAGGAAUUACGACAUCUACACAGCAGAUCCUUACUCACUGGAAGGACAUUUUAAGUGGGCUUAUUUUGCCAUUUAACAUUCUUGGGGUGAAUAUAAGCUGCUAGGGUCUUUUUAUUUUCAUCUUAUUAUCAAGAAUAUCCCUCUUCAGAAUUGUAUAUUUCUUGCAUUUUUGAUAAGAUGAUACCACAGGUGCAAGGAAAAUGAGAAGCAAAAGAUAAAAGGCAACUUUUAGAUUUCUUUUUAGCUUUCAUAGUGUUUUUAUCACUUAAGGCUUCUUAUUGCCAAACCACUCAUGCUGCCCCAGCUCUCCAAAAUUAUAUAUUAUGUAUAUAAUACACACACACAUGCAGAAAUUAAGAUGACAGCCCAAGACUCCAUUAUCCAUUUUGUAAAUGUGCUUCAAACAACGAUGGAGUUUUUGGCAGCGUGACUCUCUUCCCUUAUUUUUGCUUACAUUUAAGAAUCAAUUCAAACCAGCAUUUCUCUCUCAAUUUUUUCCCUUAAAUCCACCAGUUAGGUAUCACCGGGGAGGGGAGAGGAGAAGGCAUCUAAUGCUUAGAAAAGUGUUCUGCUGCCAUAUUACCACAAAGGAAAAGAAUCUUCUGAUGACAUUGGCAUACUUAACUUUCCCUUGGGGACCCAGGCCAUGGAGUGCUGCCGCCUCAAUCACUCAGGCGCACAGAUCUCAAACCGCAACUCUUUUCUCUUUCGAGUGCAUAGUUCCCACCUCUGUACUGCAGAUCCCCUUGCGUUUCUCAGCCACGUGGAAGACAGUUGCACUUCAGUGUCUAGGACCCACGUUAUGUAAUGACUUUUGUAAAACUUAGCAAAUAGUCUUGACCCAGGCUCUCGACAGAAGCCCACGUGAUUCUGUAACCAUGUGUCUCCCCUAGUUUCUGGCUUGCCUGGGACUGGUCUCACCAGCUCUGGCUUUCAAGCUUCUACAUUUACUCAUACAGCUCUUUCCUGAUGCUGUCCGAAUACUGCGCCGUCACAGUGAGGGACGCCGCCUGAAUACUCCCUUCUCUCCACCUCG